AUGAACUGCUGCCGACCUGAUGGGACUAACGUGGACCCCACAAGAAUCGUUUUUCCGACAGAAUGCGAUCCCAAGGAGAUCACCUUGCGAGAUGGCUUGGUCUAUUCGAGCCGCUAUGAUGUGACCCUCACUCAGCCGGGAUACUAUGCACUCUCAAUUUCCAACAAGACCGAACCUCUAUGGGAUGCUUUCUUCCUGGGAAUCACCAGAAUGCAUUUGGAGUGCGAGUACCACUUGGAACCGCCUACUGAAUCGCCGGCAGAGGCUUUCACGUGGACUGCCUCUGGAGGAACUGCUCUUUAUCCUUCCCUGUCUGGCAUAAUGCAGCUGGUUAGUAACAAGGCUGGGGCAGGCACCAAAAGCCUCGUGAACGAAACCUCCUUUGGCACUGUCAGUGGCAAAUUUCAAGGCUCCCGCAAACCCACAGGAUCAUCAUUAUCUACUUGCUGGAAGCUAGAAGAGACUCCCAACUCGCUCCCCCCUGAGGUCCUAAGCGACAUACGUUCAGCUUCCAGCGAGGGGAAGUCAUUAACAAAGAGCACUUCAAAGAGGUUAUCCUCCUCCCGUUUGGGCUCGAAGGAAACACUUUCAGGCAAGCAAAAAGUAAGGGAAUUGGAGCUUCUACCAGCUGUUCAGGAGUUGGGGUCUGACACCACAUCCGAGGGAAAGGGAAUACUGGGGGAGUGGGAGCCCGAACGAGUGGAGAACCAAGGUGCCCCUUCGGAGACAAAGGUGCAUGUGCGCAACCAAAAUUCAGAGCAGCUCACAAGGGCUGAGCAGGCGGUCGAAGGCAUUUCCGUUGAGGGCCUAUUUACCGGAAGCUCUGAAAAUAGUUCCAAAACCGUGCUUACUUUGGCAGCCCUACCAUGCACAGGUGGUCACAAUAAAGACGGCCUUAAUCGCACUAAAAGCCUUGAGGAGACUUGUCAGGUAGGGGCCGCGGGGGAGCCCAGUAUUCAGAAUCAGAUGAGCAAGUUACGGUCCGAGGGACGGCCUUAUAAGCCCUCUGCUGAGGCAUCAGAGAAACUCUCGCACGGAGGUGGAACAGAAGGCCUCUCCCCACUCUCAGUGGCAGAGAAAGGCCGGCAGUCAGGGCAGACUAUGGCGUCAACCGACGACCCCGGCGGGGAGCAGCUGAAAGACAAAAGUGUCUCUCAAAGUAGGGAAGAGCCUGACACAGCGGGCUAUCACGAAGAGCGCUCGGAUGGCACCAAGCCGAGUAUGCCAGGGGCAGAUACUAGCACUGUGGCAAAUCAGAAGAGAGACAGCGUUACGGACCAGGAGCCGAGGGAUGAGGCGUUGAGUACUGGCCGAGCAGCGUGCACAGAGGUACAGUGCCUUACCGACGGAAAGAUCAGUAUCCAGGCUCUUACUCUGCUGUCACUGCAGUCCCGUAUCUUGCAGAUGGCCACGGGCAGCGAAUGGGGGGAGCUUUUUGGAGGUCCAUCUCACUUGCCCUGGGGCACCCAUGAGGAGGAACUGGGAGAGCUGCGAGAGGAUGUGCUAUUUUACGAGGCGGAAGGGCACUACACAGACUCUGGAGAGGAGUACUGUCUACCCCUUGGCGAGCAGCAGCAGCUUGUAAAGUUCCUCCCCAGUAACGUUGUUUCCGUGAGGGCAAGAAAACGUAAAUUUUCCUUCAUGUUCGCCCCCUUCCCCGGGAGCCACCUGUUGAUUGAUGUCCGCGCUAGCAUGUCCCUGGGGAUGUCUCUUCUUGGAAGCAUAGAACUUGUCUAUUGCGGAAUCCCUCCACCUCUCUAUCAAGCCCCACCCACACUGUACAUCGCUACAGGCAGGAAGUGCAUCUUGUCUCUUGAUGGCGCUGGUCUCUACGGAGCUGUGGGGCAGCUGGUGAUGUUGCGCCAGCUCGAAAAGGAAGUACGCUUUUUGUUAGGCGACACGCGUCUCAAUGUGGCAGCCUGCUUCGACCUUAUAGUCGGGACCGGUACGGGAGGGCUUCUGGCACUGGCUUUGCUCAGGGGAAUCACGCUGAGUCGCUUGCUCAAGGAAUGGGCUGGCAUUUGCGGGAAAAGCCCCAAGCAACUCUCUUCAGAUUGGAGAGAGUCUUUCUUUAUUCAAAUAAUCUCUGGUAUACACCCCACGACCUUGCGCAGCGAACUUGUAGAUAAGUUUGGUUGGCAAUUUCUUAAUACCCUCAAAGCGCCUUUAGGGAUUAUCACCUGCAGCGAUGCCGCUCAGUCUCCUCCUCAGCCUUUUGCAUUGCGUACUUUUGAACACGCAUACCCACCGAACCAUGUCCGUUCACAUCGCGGCACCAGCCGAUGUCCUCUGUGGGUGGCUGCCUGGGCGACAAUUGCUUCCCCGGGCACACUGAGGGCUAUUCGGCCUGAAGACUUUAAGAGUAUGGGGUUCUCAGUUGAGCCCUCUAUCAAACUCACGGGGGCUACGACUGCAGGCGCCCUUGCAGCCAACCCAACGCUUGUUGGGCUCGAUGAAUGCUCACGCCUUGUACACAAACCGUUGCGAAGCUUCAUACAGUCGGACUUACAGCUUGUUGCCUCAUUUGGUGCUCGCGAGUGCUUUGGAUUCCCGUCGACUCGCCAGGAGGCUAUGGAACCUUUUGCAACUGAGAGCCUUACAGCUGCUACGACAUGUACUCACAGAGAGACUUUGCACUGGCUUGCUGAUCGACUUGAUGUUUAUUUUAGGUUCAAUAUACCAUUAGUACGGGGGGUCGUGCUAUCGCCACUAGACCCUCAAGGACUCAUGGAUCUGAUGGCUAUUGCUACCGAGUACAUUACAGACGAGAAGUUCUUUGAAGUGAAGAAGGCAGCAAAGAUUCUCGCAUGCCACUUGAGGGCCAGGUUGAAUGAUCAAUGCAUCAAAUAG